GAAAUUAAUAAACAGUUUACUGUUAACAACACUAGUCAUAAUGGGACUUAUCUAUUUAGGACCGGUAUCUACUAUAGAUGUCAAGUUUGAUUUGGUCAGUAUAUUCAAACGUAAUGGUCUAAACCAAAUGGCCGACGAGUUUCAGCAACAAUUGGAUGAAUUGGGCGCAGAUUUGCGUCAAUUUUUCAACGAUUUAGCCGCCGAUCCCAUCGAUGAUCUGGACUAUGCCAUUGGCCAGGAUGUCGAUAUUAUGAUAACCGUAUUACAUGACGAUCUCAUACUGUUUGAACAAAAUCUACGUAAAGCUGUUAGCGAUGAGUUAGCCGACAGUUUGAACAUUGUUGUCAAACUGUUAGAAAAACUUAAGGAUACUAUUAAACAGUCAUUUGAUCAGAGAAUCAGUGGCCAAAAUCGGCCGAAUCAGUCACUCUAUGGUCACAAUAGUUUGUCAAAAGUAAUUAAAUUAUUGGCCGCUUCAAUGGGCAGUGAGCUAACCAAGGAAUUGGAGCAUAAUUUUAGCCGAUUUCUCAAUGAAUUAUAUCGGGAAGUGGGCAUCGGUUUUGAUGAGGCCAUAGAUGACCAGUUGAACAGAUUAGGCGGUAGAGAUAAGUUACCCGAAAAAUAUCGAUAUCUCAUUGAUUUUGAUAAACAAUGGGAUCAAUUGUUUGGACAAAUUCAACAAACAUUUAACAAAUUAAUUUAG